AUGCACACGACCACCUCAGCUGAACGGGUCGAUGACGAUCCCGGAUUCGGGGGCACGGCUGUCGAGCCGGGGCUCACAGACUCCGGCGACUUGGAAUUGCUUGCCAAAAUGGGAUAUAAACAGGAAUUGAAAAGGCAAUAUACCACUCCACAGGUAUUUGCGAUCGCAUUUAGUAUCAUGGGGUUGGUGCCCUCCAUCGCGUCAACUAUCUCAUUUUCUCUACCCGCGGGACCAGUUGGUAUGGUUUGGUCUGACCUUGCCUCUGCAAUGCCUACCGCUGGUGGCUUGUACUGGUGGACGCAUUACUUUGCUGGCGAGAAAUUCAAGAAUCCGCUAAGUUUCUUGAUUGGGUAUAGCAACACCCUUGGUCUCAUUGGCGGCAUUUGCUCGGUCGAUUAUACACUAUCCCUUAUGAUUCUCUCAUGCGUUUCCAUUUCCCGGGAUACGGAAUGGACAGCCUCGCGCGGCGUUAUUUACGCAGUCUAUGUGGGAUUAAUCUUCUUGCAUGGCAUCGCCGCAGUCUUCAGCGGUCGCUUAAUGCCCAAAAUCCAGACAUUUUGCAUAUAUAUCAACAUUGCUCUCGUCGUUGCCACGGUCAUUGCAUUGCCAGUUGGUAAGGUAUCACACGGCGAAUCCCUUAAUUCCGGGGAGUAUGUCUUCCGGCACGUGGAAAAUCGAACCGAAUGGCCAACUGGCUGGGCAUUUAUUCUCGCUUGGCUUGCGCCCAUCUGGUCUAUAGGAUCAUUUGAUUCCUGUGUCCAUAUGAGCGAAGAGGCACUGCACGCCGCCAAAGCCGUUCCCCUGGGAAUCAUGUUCUCGGCUGGUUCUGCAUGCAUUUUUGGCUUCCUGGUGCUCUCUGUUAUGGCUGCUACUAUGAAUCCCGACGUCUCGCAAACUCUUAACAGCAAAUUUGGCCAGCCUAUGGCACAGAUAUACUACGAUGCGCUCGGCAAAAAUGGCGCUCUCGGAUUUAUGAUUGUACUUUGUAUUGUGCAAUUCCUCAUUGGACUAAGCCUGAUUGUUGCUGCCUCUCGCCAAGCGUGGGCCUUCUCUCGCGAUGGCGCGUUUCCGUUCUCCAAUUUCUUCCGUCAUGUCAGUAAACGGAUCCAGUAUCAGCCUGUCCGUAUGAUUUGUGGCCUAGAUGUUAUCUGUCUCGUGCUAGGCUUGCUAUGCCUCAUCAAUAAUGCCGCCGCGAAUGCCUUAUUCUCGCUCUUCGUCGCCAGCAACUAUCUCUCCUGGGGAAUGCCGAUUUUCUGUCGAUUGGUUUGGGGUGAGGAUAAAUUCUAUCCUGGUGAAUUCUAUACCGGUCGCUUCAGCAAACCAAUCGCGUGGAUUUCUGUGGUAUAUCUACUAUUUGGGCUCAUUUUAUCCAUGUUCCCAACUACGGGGCCCAGUCCGGAUCCUGCGGACAUGAAUUAUACCAUUGUGAUCAAUGGGUUUGUUUGGAUUGGUUGCAUGGCUUAUUACUUCCUCUUUGCACGUCAUUGGUUCAUUGGUCCACGCAUCACAGUCGAUGAGGGUCGCUCGACUGUUUCGGAAAGCACUUCAUAUGUAGCCCCUGCUUCUGUGCAAACACCGACUUCACCUGGUGUAAAAAGGAGUAAUCCAUAG